CUGCCCGAGUCGUAUCUCCACCACCACCACCACCACCACUACUACUACCACCAACCCGGACAACUACACCAUUACCUGAUAGGAAUCCAACACCUUUGCCAUGCGUGUACUUGCUUCCUGGGAGGUCACAGCUCGUUAGGGGGGCCCCUCCCGGCCGCCCCCUCCCGCUCUGACAAGCCAGGGUCCGCCAGCGACAACCUACACCUACCUUGUGUUGUGUAUACCAGAUACCAGAUCCAAAGUGGCCAGACGGAUUGCAUUACGGGUGCAGUGACAAUCGAACCUGGCCACUGUGUAUUCCGAAUACAUAGUCCUUGCUACCGCGCUACCCAAUCCCCUAUCUAUCACCGUCCAUGGCCCAUUGCUUGAUGUGUGUGGAUUGACCACCACCGCCGCCAUCACUUUAUAGAUAGAUCAAUUGAAACCCAGCACACGCCCUCCCGCGCCUCUGGCAGCGAUGGCAGCCUGUCCAAUGUGACGCGACCAGCUCCCAAAACCUCCUCCCCCCCCCCCCACGCCACCAGCCGCCCCUUCGCGCUGGGAUGCGCCGCCGCCGCCGCCUCGUUCCUGCUCCCUGCCCGCCUGCCCGCCUGCCUGCUCGGUGCCCAGUGCCCUCCCUCGCGCUCUCUUUCUCACGAUGUCCCUGCCCGCGCAUCAACCCAGGCCCCCGUUGCUGGGGUGGCCCCCGCCCACUCCCCAGCUCUCCCCAAAGCAGCGACCUGCCUCUCACUCCUCAUGGCCGACCACUGCUUGGCGUUCGAUCGAGCCCUGUCUGCAUCACCUCCACCUCCUCCACAACCUCGAUUGAUCUCGCAGCAUCUCCGGCACCAUCCCUGGCUCCAUCUGCCCUCUUCACCUCUCUAGCCUCUUCAGAUCCAUUCCACUUCCUGUCCCAUCCAUCCUUGCUGCCACUGCUGGGGCACGUGUAGCCAUGCUUCCCAUUCACCCAUCUACUAUAUCUAAUCCCACAUGCUCCCCCGAUUCAAUAACACAACAACCCACUACUUAUGCUAUCAUCCAUUCUCUGCAUAUCUCUCUGCUGCUGCUGCUGCUGCAUCAUCGUCCCUUAGCUGGCCGUACGCCAUUUGACCCUAGCUUUGCUGUGCUCUUCCCCCCCUCCGACCACUCGGUCCAUCCAUAGACACAAAUACCCACUCCACUCCACCCUCCUCGGCCUGAUCCGCCAUUGCUGCCCGCUCUCCUCAACCACUCAUCUGCUCUGACCACUAGCGAAGCCUCCCCAGCCUGCUGCUGCUUAUCUAGCUCGCACGGUCUUCCUUAUUAGCAAUGACGGCCGUCGUUGCUCCUCAUCAUUCUUCGGGACCGUGGCAGCGUCGACCUUAUCCCUCUUUCCAUCUUUCCAGCUUCAACAUGCCGGGCUUGCUACCCACCGUCUCCAACCCAUCUGCUUAUGAUUACUCUGCGAGAACCACAACUGCACCACCACCUCCCCCUCCGGCAGCAACCACAACGGCACCCUCAGAACCCCUCACCUCCAGGCCUUUCCCAUCCACCACCUCGCACAUGGACCUGCAAAUGCCUCUGUUCUCCGCACACGCCAUGUCCACUUCGAUGCCAUACCAAUCUACCCAGUUUGCCUUCGAAUCCAUUCAGGUGAACCCCUACAACAUCCAGCAGAAUUUCCCACUGUCAUAUGGUCCCAGCAUCACACCAACCUUCUCUUACCCCGGAGCUCAUGCUUUGCAGCCGCUUCCUCCGGUUCGAGAAGCCCGUACGGGUUUCGUCAUCGAAGAAUCUACACCGUCUGUCAAGUCGGAGAGCUGCUCGCCCAUCCAGUCUACUCAGUCCUCAUUUAGUCAUGCCUCUUGCGCAGGAGAACAGAAGCCAUCCGGUUCCGAGGAUGGUCAUUUGGGCAACGGAGUCCACUUCUCCACUGACGUGGAUACCCUCAUGAAAACCAUUCAGUCCAAACAAAAGCCAGAAGAAGUCGUGCAACGCGCACCAUCCCCCAAGAAAGAGUCGGAGCCCAAGGCCAGCCAGAAACCAAGGAAACGAUAUCACUGUACCAAGCCAGACUGCUCCAAGAGCUUCCUUCAAAAGACCCAUUUGGAUAUUCACAUCCGAGCGCACACCGGUGCUAAGCCCUUUACCUGUAAAGAGCCCUCCUGCGGCCAACGGUUUUCCCAGCUGGGUAACCUCAAGACCCAUGAGAGACGGCACACUGGCGAGAGGCCAUACAGCUGCGAACUUUGCGGAAAGACUUUCGCUCAGCGUGGCAACGUACGCGCCCACAAGAUUGUACACCAGCAAAUCAAGCCAUUCACCUGCAAACUGGAUGAAUGCGGAAAGCAAUUCACCCAACUGGGCAACCUCAAGUCCCACCAAAACAAAUUCCAUGCACCGACCAUUCGUUACCUGACUCAAAAAUUCGCCUACUCGAACCCGGCUGACCACGUCAACGAGCAUGAUCGGGAGCUUUGGGAGUACUUUGCAUCCCUGUACAAGAAUUCCAACAAGGGGAUCAAAGGCAGGGGCAAGGACAGAAGAAUCAGCACUCAUGCUUCGUCCUCAGCCUCAAGCUCCGCGUCUUUUACGUCGAUCUCGGCUCCGCAAGCCAAUCGAGGGUACAUGGCAUCAUAUCCAUACUCUAGCAGCGACCGCAGCAGCCGAUGCUCAUCCCUGGUAUCUGAGACGACAAUGCGAGCAGAUGGCGGCGGUUACGAUUUGCACGGCACCAUGCAGCACGGGUACCAAGACACGACCCAUGGCUACGACGACAUGGUCUUCCCUGAAAGGAAGAUGUACUCGUAA